AUGGCUGACAUCAAGAAUUUUCUGUAUGCUUGGUGUGGGAAGAAGAAGGUAACUCCCAAUUAUGAUAUCCGUGCUGCUGGCAACAAGAAUCGUCAGAAGUUUAUGUGUGAGGUUCGUAUAGAUGGCUACAAUUACACAGGAAUGGGAAAUUCUACAAACAAAAAAGAUGCUCAGAGUAACGCAGCCCGUGACUUUGUGAACUACCUAGUGCGAUUGGGAGAAAUCCGAGGUGAUGAAGUGCCAUCAUUGGGGGUUAGCCAGGGUGAUACUACAGAUGGAUUCCAGCCUCUAAAGUCAGAGGAACAGGAUGGCCCUACUGGCGGUCCAUUACCACCGCACUUGCAGCUAAAAGCUGAAACUGACAAUGCACCAUUUACUCAAAAUACAGGAUAUGGCCCUCUAACUGGCGGUGCAAACUGGGAGCGUGGAGCCAAUCUGAAAGAUUAUUAUUCCAGGAGAGAUGAGCAGGAAGCUAAAGCAACUCUGGAAUCUGAAGAAGUGGACUUGAAUGCUGGUCUGCAUGGCAACUGGACCCUCGAGAAUGCUAAAGCACGUCUCAAUCAGUUCUUUCAGAAAGAAAAGACACAAGCAGACUACAAGUACUCGCAAGUGGGGCCUGACCACAACAGGAGCUUUAUAGCAGAAAUGACCCUGUUUGUUAAACAGCUUGGACGGAGAAUUACUGCCCGUGAACAUGGUUCUAACAAGAAACUGGCUGCACAAUCCUGUGCUCUCUCCAUUGUCCGCCAGCUGUAUCAUUUAAAUGUCAUUGAACCUUAUUCCGGACAAACUAAGAAGAAAGAGGGAGAGUCUAUUGAGCCAUAUCAAGUGAACCUGUCUCCUGAUGUUCAAAAACAACUCCAAUCCGUUAUUCAAGAACUGAACAUUGAAUUGCCAUACCCACCUGAAGAUCCUAGCCAGCCCGUAUCACUUAAUCUGGGAAAAUUGGUGCAUUUUGAGCCUUCUCAACGGAGUCACGGUGGAGUGGUACCCUGGUCUCCUCCACAAGAGAACUGGAACCCCUGGACCAGCAGUAACAUUGAUGAGGGUCCUCUGGCUUAUGCAACACAGGAGCAGAUCAGCACAGAUUUGAAGAACGAGCUUAUGUACCAGCUUGAACACGAUAAAGACUUGCAACAGAUCUUAAGUGAUCGGGAUUCUUUGCCUGUCAAAAAGUUUCAGAAUGAAAUCAUGAAUGCAAUUCACCAUAGCUCGGUGGUAAUCAUUCGAGGAGCUACUGGUUGUGGUAAAACCACCCAGGUGCCGCAGUACAUUCUAGAUGAGUUUAUCCAUAAUGGCCAAGCUGCCCAGUGCAAUAUUGUGGUGACUCAGCCUCGCAGGAUCAGUGCAGUAUCGGUGGCUGAGCGGGUCGCUUUUGAAAGAGCUGAAGAGAUUGGCAAAAGCUGUGGUUACAGUGUUCGGUUUGAAUCUGUGCUGCCUCGUCCUCAUGCCAGUGUAAUGUUCUGCACCGUGGGUGUACUUCUGAGGAAACUGGAGGCUGGUAUUAGAGGGAUCAGUCAUGUCAUUGUGGAUGAAAUCCACGAGCGGGAUAUUAAUACUGACUUUCUGCUUGUGGUACUCCGAGAUGUUAUUCAAGCUUUCCCUGAAAUCCGAGUAAUCCUCAUGUCUGCAACAAUAGACACAACCAUGUUUUGUGAAUAUUUCUUUAACUGUCCUGUAAUUGAAGUGUUUGGCAGAACUUUUCCUGUGCAAGAGUACUACCUGGAAGACUCUAUUCAGAUGACUCAGUUCAUCCCGCCUCCAAGGGAGAAGAAGAAGAAAGACAAAGAUGAAGAGGGAGGGGAGGAUGAAGAGACAAAUUGUAAUCUCGUAUGUGGUCCUGAUUAUGGCCCAGAGACCCAGCGUUCAUUGUCACAGCUGAGUGAGAAGGAGACCCCGAUUGAACUGAUUGAAGCACUCCUGAAGUACAUAGAAUCUCUAAACGUACCUGGUGCUGUUCUGGUGUUUUUACCUGGCUGGAACCUGAUUUACACAAUGCAGAAGCAUCUUGAGAUGAACCCACAUUUUGGCAGUCACCAUUAUCGGAUUUUGCCACUGCAUUCUCAAAUUCCACGAGAAGAGCAGAGGAGGGUGUUUGAUCCUGUUCCAGAUGGAAUAGUCAAGGUCAUUUUGUCCACAAACAUUGCUGAAACCAGUAUUACUAUUAACGAUGUGGUUUACGUCAUAGAUUCCUGCAAACAAAAGGUAAAACUGUUUACAUCUCACAACAACAUGACAAAUUAUGCCACAGUCUGGGCCUCAAAGACAAAUCUCGAGCAGCGAAAAGGAAGAGCAGGGCGUGUGCGACCUGGAUUCUGCUUCCACUUGUGCAGCAGAGCACGCUUUGAACGCUUGGAAACACACCUUACGCCAGAAAUAUUCCGUACACCAUUGCAUGAAAUUGCUCUGAGUAUUAAGCUUCUUCGUUUGGGUGGCAUUGGACAAUUCUUGUCAAAGGCCAUAGAGCCCCCUCCACUGGAUGCUGUGAUAGAAGCUGAGCACACGCUUCGAGAGCUGGACGCGUUGGACACAAAUGAUGAGCUGACUCCUCUGGGAAGAAUUUUAGCUAAACUGCCAAUUGAGCCCCGUCUUGGAAAGAUGAUGAUAAUGGGCUGUAGCUUCUAUGUCGGUGACGCUGUGUGCACUAUUGCGGCUGCCACUUGUUUCCCCGAACCGUUCAUCAGUGAAGGGAGGAGAUUGGGAUAUGUGCACAGAAACUUUGCUGGCAACAGAUUUUCUGAUCAUGUGGCACUGCUGUCAGUGUUUCAAGCUUGGGAUGAUGCAAGAAUGGGAGGAGAAGAUGCUGAAACAAGAUUCUGUGAGCAUAAACGUCUCAAUAUGGCCACACUACGCAUGACAUGGGAGGCCAAGGUACAGCUGAAAGAUAUCUUGGUCAAUGCUGGAUUCCCUGAAGACUGUUUAUUGAAUCAAGUCUUCAAUAACACUGGCCCUGAUAAUAACCUAGAUGUAGUGAUUUCAUUGUUGGCUUUUGGGGUUUAUCCCAAUGUCUGCUACCACAAGGAGAAGCGAAAAAUCCUGACCACAGAGGGCCGAAAUGCACUUAUUCACAAAUCUUCGGUCAACUGCCCUUUCAGCAACCAAGACUCAAAGUAUCCUUCUCCAUUCUUCGUCUUCAGUGAAAAGAUCCGUACUCGUGCAAUCUCUGCAAAGGGUAUGACCAUGGUGAGCCCGUUACAGCUGUUGCUCUUUGCCUCCAAGAAAGUUAUGUCAGAUGGAGAGAUGAUAAUCCUCGAUGACUGGAUUAAACUGUGUAUGGUGCAUGAGGAUGCAGCUUGCAUUGCUGCCUUAAGAUCUGCAAUGGAAGCACUUGUUGUAGAAGUUACUAAAGAUCCAGAGAUUCUAUCCCAGCUGGACCCAACCAAUGAGAAGAUGCUGAACGUUAUUCGUAUGAUUUCCAAGCCAUCUACAGCUGGAAUCAAUCUCAUUAUGGGCAAUACCAGAUAUGGAGAUGGACCUCGUCCACCAAAAAUGGCUCGCUUAGAUGGUGGUGGUGGCGGCUACCAAGGAUAUAGAGGAGGUGGAGGAUACAGGGGUGGCAAUCAAAGAGGUAGCUAUGGAGGUGGAUAUGGAGGUGGCUACAGGGGUGGAAACAGAGGUGGUGGCUACAGAGGAGGCAACCAGGGUGGCGGCUACAGGGGAGGCAACCAGGGUGGCGGCUACAGGGGAGGCAACCAGGGUGGCGGCUACGGAGGAGGCAACCAGGGUGGCGGCUACGGAGGAGGCAACCAGGGUGGCGGCUACGGAGGAGGCAACCAGGGUGGCGGC